AAAAGUUCGGCCAAAGCGUGCUUCGCACCCCAAAUCCCGUCCCAUCCAUCCAUACGUAUAUGUAAUUGUACAUAAUAAGCAGACCGCCUCUGCCAGAGGAUUUGGCCAGUUCUCCUGAUGCUGAAGAACUGCCAAGCUUCUUUUCGGUUUCAUCGACAGCAUCGUUGCCCACAUGUUAUAGUACCGACGUCUGCGAGUGUUCGUCUUGGCUUGCGUGCGGCCCGCGAUCCCAGCUCAGCGCAGCUCGACAUCGCAUCCCCCGCAAACCGACCUGACCUGCCCACGCCCCUGGGCCGCGUAGAUCCUCUCUGGACUGCGGCGGGGCGCACAACCGUCGGAGAUCGAGAUCGAGAAAGACAUUUGAACGAGAUUGAGAGAUAGGAGGAGGAAGAAGAAGUGGUAGAAAAAGAAAUAGAGAAUGGCUCCUCCAAAGAUCCAGCUUCCUCCCAAGGACGCCGCCCAGUAUGGUGUGUCGCUGGCGGCGCCAACUGCCCACAUGGCGACCACGACGCUCAAGGUCGACGGCAUGACUUGCGGCGCAUGCACUUCGGCCGUUGAAGCAGGCUUCAAGGGCGUCGACGGAGUCGGUAGCAUAUCGGUCAGUCUGGUCAUGGAACGAGCCGUUGUCAUCCAUGAUCCCCAACGAAUUUCGGCCGAAAGGGUGAAGGAAAUCAUCGAGGACCGCGGCUUUGACGCAGAGGUCUUGGCGACCGACCUCCCUUCUCCCAUGGUACCGCGACCUUCGUUCGGCGCAUUCCCGACAGACGGCGAUAGUGGCCCGCCCAUGAUGAUCACAACGGUGGCCGUCGAAGGCAUGACAUGCGGCGCCUGCACGUCGGCGGUCGAGGGCGGGUUCAAGGACGUGGCGGGCCUGAAGCACUUUAGCAUAUCGCUGCUGUCAGAAAGGGCAGUCAUCGAGCACGACCCGGCCAUUCUCAGUGCCGAGGCCAUUUGCGAGACAAUCGAGGACCGUGGGUUCGGCGCGACCGUUGUCGAGAGCACCGAGAAGCAGCCCGAGGGGAGGGCGGCACGAAAAAGCAUGGAUAACCGUCCCUCGGCAGCCAUCACAACGGUCGCUAUCGAGGGUAUGACAUGCGGCGCUUGCACUUCGGCUAUCGAGGAGGGCUUCAAGGACCUGAGCGGUCUCUUGCGGUUCAACAUCAGCCUGUUGGCGGAGCGGGCUGUCGUCACGCACGACGCAGCAUUACUGCCGCCAGAGAAGAUUACCGAGAUUAUCGAGGACCGCGGAUUCGGUGCCAAAAUCCUGUCAACCACUGUUGAAGGCGCCGAUCACUCCAGUGCCACCUCGACAGCUCAGUUCAAGGUUUACGGAACCAUGGACGCUGCUGCAGCUGAGGCACUCGAGAACAAGCUGAUAGCACUGCUGGGUGUCAGCAGCGCGAAGAUGUCGAUGGCAUCCCUCAGGCUGACCGUUGUCCAUGUCCCCGCCGUGGUAGGGCUGCGCGCCCUCGCAGAGGCGGUUGAGGAUUCCGGGUUCAAUGCUCUCGUCGCGGACAAUGACGACAACAAUGCCCAGCUGGAAUCCCUUGCCAAGACUCGUGAGAUCACCGAGUGGAGGCGCGCCUUCAAAAUCUCGCUCUCCUUUGCCAUUCCCGUCUUCCUCACCAGCAUGAUCAUCCCCAUGGUCGUUCCCGCGCUAGACUUUGGGAAAAUCCUCAUCUUCCCCGGCUUGUACGUUGGGGACGUAUUUUGCAUGGUCCUGACGAUACCCGUCCAGUUCGGCAUCGGAAAGCGAUUCUAUCGCUCAGCCUGGAAGUCUAUGAAACACGGCUCUCCGACCAUGGACGUCCUCGUCGUCCUCGGCACCUCGUGCGCGUUUUUUUUCAGUGUCAUGGCCAUGAUUGUGUCCAUCGUGAUUCCUCCCCACACCAGGCCAAGCACCAUCUUUGACACGAGCACCAUGCUCAUCACAUUCAUUACUUUGGGCCGCUUCCUAGAGAAUCGGGCCAAGGGACAGACCUCCAAGGCGCUCUCGCGGCUGAUGUCGCUGGCCCCGUCCAUGGCCACCAUCUACGCGGAUCCCAUCGCCGCCGAGAAGGCCGCCGAGGGCUGGGACAGCAUUGCUGGUUCUGGAGAGCCAAAGACGCCCCGGGAUAGCAAUGCCGCCGAGGAGAAGGUCAUCCCCACCGAGCUUAUCCAAGUGGGCGACAUUGUCAUUCUUCGGCCUGGCGACAAGAUUCCUGCCGAUGGAGUCAUGGUCAGAGGAGAAACAUAUGUGGACGAGAGCAUGGUGACGGGCGAGGCGAUGCCCGUCCAAAAAGGAAAGGGAAGUCUUCUGAUCGGCGGUACUGUCAACGGCCACGGGCGUGUCGACUUUCGCGUCACGAGAGCCGGCCGCGACACCCAGCUCAGCCAAAUCGUGAAGCUGGUCCAGGAUGCGCAAACCACGCGCGCGCCAAUUCAGCGCCUGGCCGACACCCUGGCUGGCUACUUCGUUCCGACCAUCUUGUUUCUUGGUCUUAUGACCUUUCUCGUCUGGAUGGUCCUGAGCCAUGUUCUCUCCAACCCGCCCAAGAUCUUCCUCGAGGAUGCAAGCGGCGGCAAGAUCAUGGUCUGCGUCAAGCUCUGCAUAUCUGUUAUCGUCUUUGCCUGUCCCUGCGCUCUCGGCCUUGCCACCCCGACGGCCGUCAUGGUUGGAACCGGCAUAGGUGCAGAGAACGGCAUCCUCGUCAAAGGCGGUGCCGCCUUGGAGACCACGACAAAGAUUACCCACGUUGUUCUGGACAAGACCGGUACCAUCACAUAUGGCAAGAUGAGCGUGGCCCAGGUCAACAUCGUCUCGGCAUGGGAAGAUUCCGAGUGGCGCCGGCGGCUGUGGUGGACCAUUGUCGCUCUGGCCGAAAUAGGCAGCGAGCACCCUGUGGGCAAGGCUGUGCUCGGUGCCGCGAGGACGGAGCUGGGCCUCGGCCUUGAGGCGACCAUCGAGGGCAGCGUCGGCGAAUUCACUGCGGCUGUUGGUAAGGGCAUCAGCGCGCAUGUUGAGCCGGCGACUUCGGCCGAGAGACUCCGGUACAAGGUGCUGGUCGGAAAUGUCCACUUUCUCCGAGAGAGCGGUAUUGAUGUCCCGACGUCGGCAGUUGAGGCCUCGGAAAAGAUCAAUGUAGCUGCUGCCACGUCACGCUCGAAGGCGUCGUCCGAGCCCAACCCGGGCACGACGAACAUCUUCAUUGCCAUUGACGGCAAGUACGCCGGCCACCUCUGCCUCUCCGACACUAUCAAGACAGGCGCCGCGGCGGCCAUCGCCGUGCUGCACCGCAUGGGCGUCAAGACGUCCAUCGUCACGGGCGACCAACGUAGCACUGCUGUCGCGGUGGCGGCCGCAGUCGGCAUUGACGCUGACGACGUGUAUGCCGGCGCGUCCCCGGACCAGAAGCAGGGCAUCAUCCGCAAGCUGCAAGAAGGCGGCGCCGUCGUGGCCAUGGUGGGAGACGGUAUCAACGACUCACCGGCGCUAGCCACGGCCGACGUGGGCAUCGCCAUGAGCUCGGGCACCGACGUGGCCAUGGAGGCUGCCGACGUUGUGCUCAUGCGGCCCAACAACCUCAUGGACAUCGCCGCAGCGCUACACCUCGCCCGCACCAUCUUCCGGCGCAUCAAGCUAAAUAUGGCCUGGGCCUGCAUGUACAACCUCAUCGGCCUGCCCUUCGCCAUGGGCGUCUUCCUCCCCCUCGGCUACCACCUCCACCCCAUGGGUGCCGGCGCCGCCAUGGCCGCCAGCAGCGUCAGCGUGGUCGUCAGCAGUCUCUUCCUCAAGUUCUGGACCCGCCCCAAGUGGAUGGACGAAGCCCUCUACGAGCACUCGGGCACCGUCAAGAAGCGUGGCCGCGGCUGGGGACCCGUCGAUGCUGUCGUCGUGCGGCUGCAGGACCUGGUCAUGCGCGUUCGCCGCGGCGGCAAGGGCAAGGACGACGGCUACGUUCCGCUUGCGAUGUUGGAUGUUCCCGAGCAAGGGGUGUAGCGGAGCGAUAUUCCCUUUGCGUUCUCGUAUGGAGUUUUGGGGUUGGGCACAGCGGUCUCUUUUCUCUCUUCCUUGUUGGAUACCUAACCUAUCUUUUCUUUUGCCUUUUUUUCCCUGUAAGUACGCACUCUGAACCUCGGCAAUGGCGUUUCAAGGAGGAAAAUUAUUUUCCGCGGCUCAUUUUGGCUUUCUUCUACGGCGGGUCAAGUUCUUUUGGCAUGGAAGAGGCUAGAGGCGAGAGAACGAACAAACAAGCGAGCGAGCGAGCGAAAUUAUCGCUACAUGUACAUACCUACAGUAAAUAAGUUCGAGUAUGCAAGGAAAUUCUGGUUUCUACCUUGGGUACGGAUCCAGGAUAAACCCAGAUUUUGUUCAAUACAGAUUGCAAUCAGAUUCUC